AUGAGGCAACCACCGAGUUACCGUGAGGUCUUUUGGAACCAACUUGUCAUACUCUUGACAACUAUAGCUCUUGCAAGCUACAGCCUCGGGGCUGUCGUGGGACGAGACAUUAAUUCUGAUCUCGGAACAAGUUUGGCGAAUGGAUCCAUUUCUAGCCCCGACAGUAUCAUUCCAGAGCGAAACAACAGUUCUGACCGGAUCUCCUCUGGUGACUUCCCGAUCUGCACUGACUUUAACGGUCCUUUUGUGCCAUUCUGUCUUCCAGUGAAUGGCGCAGAUGUCCUGGUUGACACAACAUACUAUGUAACGUGGAAUGCCGACUUUUAUCCUCUUAAUGCUACUGUAAACAUUGAGCUGAGAUACUCAGACUCAGCCGAAGGGACCUCAGCAUUCACAUCCAAGAGGACGGCUAAUAGCUACGGAUAUAUCCCUAUUCAUAUGCGCUACGAAUGGCUCCAGGGUAAAGCCAAUAACUCACUGACUCUUUACAUUAUCGAGCUUGACCCUACCUUGGAUCGUCGGGCUAGCGCUCGACAGGGCCCGACCAUUAUGCUUCGCCCUAAACCUUUAAACUACUCCAAACCUUCUCCACCGGCCACUUUCAAUAAAUUGGCACUUUACAUAGGUCUUCCGGUGAGCCUUGCUGUUGUGGUUGCUGUUGUGGCUGGCUUAGUCUGUGGGAUGCGAAAGAACAGGAUGUUUAUUAUGCGGACUUUCACCCAACUUCGAAACAAGGGAUACGGCAUCGGGAAAUCCAAGACUCAGCGCCUGGAGAAUGAUAGAAAGCAAAGUAGUGAUUCCGACGAAUCUACCGUUUUGAAGAAAUAUUCGGAUGACCUUGAGGCAGGGCUGCUUGAAGGGACUACUUCAAAUAGGUACAACAAUGAACUCGAGCGCACUGGUAGCUAUGCUUUCAGACGGGAUGUGUCUAAAUUAAAAAGCUGGGCGGUUUGA